CAUAAAAGCUAAAGUGCGUACUUCAUCCAUGAUGUCGUUGAACAUGAAGAGAAAUAUUAGUAUCGCUGCUUAGUUGGAUUUCUAUAAACAUCCCUUUAAAGCAUAUAAACAAUAUCUCAUCUGUGCAACAGUGGCCAUUCUCCUCAAAAUGGUCAACCGACUGUUAGCUUCUAAGCUAAUGUAGCAAAAUAGUAACGUUUAGAUUAACUGCUAGCUAAAUUAGCCAGUCGACCUGUAAAUAAACUGUAAAAACUGACAGAGGAAACAUGGCAGAGUCGUCGCCGUUAUCGGGGGUUAAUGUUGUUCUGGUUAUGGCCUACGGAAGCUUGGUGUUUGUGCUGCUGUUUAUCUUCGUCAAAAGGCAAAUCAUGCGUUUCGCAAUGAGAUCCCGCCGAGGACCCCAUGCACCGAUUGGCCACAAUGCACCAAAGGGUUUGAGGGAGGAGAUCGACUCCAGACUGUCCAAGGUCCAGGAGAUCCGCUUUGAACCCCGUCUUUUAGCAGAAGAAGACGACAGGCUGAAGCAAGGCUCACAGAUCAGUUGCUACAACUACCUGUACAGAAUGAAAGCCCUGGAUGCCAUCCGUGACUCAGGAAUUCCUCUGCAGGAGAUAAGCCGCUCUCCCAGUGCGUUUACUGGACGCAACUUCAGGAACUGGCUGCUGGAGUUGCGCAACUCCCAUUCUCUGAUCAAGAGCAGCCGCAGUGCGCUCAUUGACCGUUUACUUGAAGGCUACGACAGCGCUCGCCACGGGACUGGGGUGUUUGGUGAAGCUGAGUUUCUUGAAUACCAGCAAGCUCUCAACGAACUGGCCGAUGUGGUGAAAGCAUAUUCCAGCUCCACCAGCCUGGACCAGCAUCACCAGUCUGCGGCCAAGGACCUGACGGGCUCUCCUGUCCGCAGCACUCCCUCCACCAUCCAGGUCACCUACCUGCCCUCCACCGGCCAGCGCAGCAAGAGGCCCAAACACUUUCUGGAGCUCAAGAGUUUCAAAGACAACUACAACACGCUGGAGAGCACCCUGUGAGAGACUGCUGCUGCUGCUGCAGACUGACUGUUUCACAAUGUUUGUGUGGUGUGUGUGUAAGUGUGCACAGCAGUUACACAGUGUACAGCAAACAAGGAGUUGUAACAUACUGUUUUAAAGUUGACCUUUAAAAUUCACCCACGAGUUAAGUUGGAGAAAAAUCUUCGAAAAGUAAGUAUUUUUCAGGUAAUUUCGAAGGAUUAUGUACAACAGUGGUUCUAAAAUUGUGGAGAGUCGUGGAUGACCACAGGAAAAAUAUGGAGUGGAACAAAGCUGCAUUAUUAUGAUUUAUGUGGGGAAAAUGAACAAGACUUUGCUGAUGUUACUGUGCUAACCUGUAUUGCAUUAAAAUGUAAUAAGAUGCUUCUCCAAUUAUUUAUUAAAAUUUGUUGGGUGGGGGGCAUUACUGUUUUCCAGCUUCUUAAGGGGGUAUGACAGACAAGGUCUGAGAACCACUGACAUAUAUAUAUAUAUAU